AUGGAGCAUCCGCUUGUGCCGAUCCCGGUGCUCUUUGGUCCGACCGAGUAUGCAUCGCCCCGCGUCUCGCCGGACGGCGCCCACCUCGCGUACCUGGCGCCGAGCAGCAAUGGCAUCAUGAACCUCUUCGUGCGGCCCAGCUCAGGUAGCGCCACGGCGGUCCAGCUCACGACCGAGGCGAAGCGCCCGAUUCGGUUCUUUCGCUGGGCGACCAAUGGCACGCAUGUGCUGUACGUCCAGGACGAGGACGGCAACGAGCGCUUCCAUCUCUUUGCCGUUCACAUUGCGACGGCGACGACGACCGACCUCACGCCACUCGCACACGCCAAAGUGCUCACCACGUUCCCAAUGACGUCGUUCUACAACCACAUCAACCGGCUCACGAGCGAGCGCUUCCCCGACGACGUCGUUAUCGGCAUCAACGACCGCGACCCGAAGCUCUUUGACGUCUACCGUAUCAACGUCGUGACAGGCGAGAGAACGCUGCUGGCCGCCAACACGGAGCGCGCCGAAGCGUGGAUCGUCGACACCGACCUUGUCCUGUGCGUCCGUGACGACGCUGCGAGCCCGUGGCGCGAAGUGGCACGCUGGGGCCUCAACGACGACGUGACGCCGCUCCAGCUGAGCGCCGACGGCGCGGGCAUCUACGUCUUGACGUCGCUUGACGGCAGAGACAAGUGCACGCUCCGGCUCGUCCUCCUCUCGACGAUCGAUGGCUCGGAGCUACGCACGUUGGCGCAUCACCCGAAAGCAGACAUUGGCGACGUUGUCUUUGGUAUCGACGGUCGCACGGUAGAUGACGGCGCGUGGACGGUCUGCGUCGCCCCAGACACGAGCUCGAAGCGCUACUACCAUUACGUCCGGUCGACGUCGACGCUGACGCUUCUGGGGCUCGAGCAGCCGUCGCUCGAGAAGUACACGUUUGCGCCGAUGCAGGCGAUCGAGAUUCCAUGUAUCGAUGGUGAGACACAGGUCGGGUACUUGACGCUGCCGGUGGGACUGCCACCGACGCAGUUGCCGCUCAUUGUGAGUGUCCACGGCGGUCCGUGGGUCCGUGACCACUGGGGCUUCAAUCCGACGCACCAAUGGCUCGCGAACCGCGGGUAUGCGGUGCUUUCCGUCAACUACCGCGCAUCGACGGGCUACGGCCUUCGCUGGCUCCAUCUCGGCAACAAGCAGUGGGGCCAUGCGAUGCAGCAAGACAUCACGGACGCCGUCCACUGGGCUAUCAACCAGGGCUAUGCCGAUGCAUCGCGUGUCGGCAUCUAUGGCAAGAGCUACGGCGGCUACGCAACCUUGGCCGGCCUCGCGUUCACGCCCGAGCUGUACGCGUGCGGCGUCGACGUCGUCGGCCCCUCGAACGUCAAGUCGCUCCUCGCGGCGACGCCGCCGGACUGGGACGCGCUCAAGGCCAUGUUUGCCCUCCGCAUUGGGCCGGUCGAGACGGACGACGCGUGGAACUGCGCGAUUUCGCCCGUCUUCCACGUCGAGAAGAUCUGCAAGCCGCUACUGAUUGGCCAAGGCGCCAACGACCCGCGCGUGCCGCAAGCCGAGUCGGACCAGAUCGCCAAGGCGCUUUAUACCGCCGGGCGACGCGUGCAGUACGUCAUCUACACGGACGAAGGCCACGGCUUCCACCGCCCGCCCAACGCGAUCGACUUUGUGUUGCGCACCGAAGUGUUCCUGGCCUCGGUGCUUGGCGGCCGCGUGAGCUCGCUGGCAGCCACGUUUACUGCUGGCAAUACGGCCGUCGAAGUGGACUUGGCGUCGCUCUAA